AUGCCCAGGAGGCUGCUGCUGCCGACGCGCCGCCCCGCGCCCCCCCGCCCCCUCGGGGCCAUGAACGCGGCUAGGAGCGGGUACCGCGUCUUCUCCGCCAACUCCACGGCCGCCGGCACCGAGCUGGCGCGGCGCAUCACGGAGCGGCUCGGUGCUGAGCUGGGAAAAUCUGUGGUGUACCAGGAGACCAAUGGAGAAACAAGAGUUGAAAUAAAAGAAUCCGUCCGGGGCCAGGAUAUUUUCAUUAUACAGACAAUACCCAGGGAUGUGAACACUGCUGUCAUGGAACUGCUGAUAAUGGCUUAUGCCCUGAAGACGUCCUGUGCUAGGAAUAUCAUUGGGGUCAUCCCUUACUUCCCCUACAGCAAGCAAAGCAAAAUGAGGAAGAGGGGCUCCAUCGUCUGCAAAUUGCUGGCUUCUAUGCUGGCCAAAGCAGGUUUAUCACACAUUAUCACGAUGGACCUUCAUCAAAAGGAAAUCCAAGGCUUCUUCAGCUUUCCAGUAGACAACCUGAGGGCAUCCCCAUUCUUGCUUCAGUAUAUACAGGAAGAAAUCCCAGAUUAUAGGAAUGCAGUUAUUGUUGCCAAAUCCCCAGAUGCAGCUAAAAGGGCCCAGUCUUAUGCUGAGAGACUGCGACUGGGGUUAGCAGUGAUCCAUGGGGAAGCUCAGUGUACGGAGCAAGACAUGGAUGAUGGACGCCAUUCUCCUCCAAUGGUCAAAAACACCACUGUGCACCCUGGCCUGGAGCUGCCCUUGAUGAUGGCCAAAGAAAAACCACCAAUAACCGUUGUUGGAGAUGUUGGAGGAAGAAUCGCCAUCAUUGUGGAUGACAUUAUCGAUGAUGUGGAAAGCUUUGUAGCUGCUGCAGAGAUCCUGAAAGAGCGAGGCGCUUAUAAAAUUUUUGUGAUGGCCACUCAUGGGCUUUUGUCUGCAGAUGCUCCCCGUCUGAUUGAAGAAUCCUCUAUUGAUGAGGUGGUGGUGACCAACACAGUUCCUCACGAAGUGCAGAAGCUGCAGUGUCCCAAGAUAAAGACAGUAGAUAUUAGUUUGAUCCUCUCUGAAGCCAUCCGCCGAAUCCACAACGGGGAGUCCAUGGCCUAUCUCUUCCGUAACAUCACUGUGGAUGAUUAGAUUCUAAUGAUGUCCCUGUCCUGGGUUUCUUAAUGAGAAGGGAGAAGGAAAAGUGCAUGAAAAAAAAUGCCAUAAAUUUAGAGAGAACACA